AGAUUUUAUUUUAUUUUUAAUUAGCCUUGAAAAUAAUUCAAAACAAAAUCUUCGGAAAUAUUUAGGAUUUCCCGUCCUAAAUCUUGAAAAACGAUGCAUCAUUAAGUCUUUCACAGUCAGAAAUAGGGUUUUAGUUGGUGAAAGAGAAAAUCAAAUUUAUGUUUUUAGUUGAAGAGUUAGAAUUAGAAAGAGCUUGGGAGUUCUUCUUGUAGCUUUGGUUUCCUACUGUUUCUGAUGAAUGAUUGCAUGCUAAUCGAACUAAGGUAAGCAAUUCACAAGAGUCCAGUUGGUUUGAAAUCACCAUUGAAAUUUACUUACUUCAGAUAGUUAUGGGAUUUAAUUGGUAUUGAACUCUGUCCAGCUUCCUGCUAUUUUCUGCUCGUGUUGGCUAUAAUUCGAAGGGGAUUGUUCAAGCAUACCAUCAAAGUUUGUAUUAUAGAUUGCUGAGCUGUUAGAUAGAAACUUUACCCCUCCUUCCUGAGGCGAAAUUCCGUAAUUUAUACAAACAAGGCUAGAUGACUGUGGAUGAAGUAGGUAGUAGUAGCUCUGAGUGGAGCAGAGAGCAGGAUAAAGCAUUUGAAAAUGCCUUGGCAACUUAUCCUGAGGAUGAUUCAGAUCGAUGGGAGAAGAUUGCGGCUGAUGUACCGGGGAAAACUUUAGAAGAGAUUAAACAUCAUUAUGAGCUUUUGGUUGAUGAUGUUAACCAGAUUGAUUCUGGUUGUGUACCUGUGCCAUCUUAUAAUUCCUUUUCCGAGGGCUCAAGAAGCCAUGCUAGUGAUGAAGGAGCUGGAAAGAAGGGGGGCCAUCCUUGGAACUACAACAGUGAGUCUAACCAUGGAACUAAGGCUUCGAGAUCUGAUCAGGAGCGACGAAAGGGUAUUGCUUGGACUGAGGAAGAACACAGAUUGUUUCUUCUUGGUUUGGAUAAGUAUGGAAAAGGUGACUGGCGAAGUAUAUCAAGGAACUUUGUGGUGACAAGAACACCAACACAAGUAGCAAGCCAUGCCCAAAAGUACUUCAUUCGUUUGAAUUCGAUGAAUAAAGAUAGAAGGCGAUCCAGUAUACAUGAUAUCACCAGUGUGAACAAUGGAGACAUUUCAGCUCCUCAAGGACCAAUAACUGGUCAGGCAAAUGAUUCUGCAGAAAAUUCAUCUGGAAAAUCAUCCAAACAAACCCCUCCAACCCCAACUGGGGCCCCAGGUGUUGGAAUAUAUGGUGUUCCUACCAUUGGACAACCUGUCGGAGGACCCCUUGUAUCUGCAGUCGGCACCCCAGUUAAUCUUGCUGGCCCGGCACACAUGGCAUAUGGUCUUAGAGCCCCGGUUCCUGGGGCUGUGGUUCCUGGGGCACCAAUGAACUUGGGUCAUGUUCCAUACCCAAUGCCUCAUACAUCUGCUCAUAGGUGAAGUGCUUUUUAGAGCCAUUUUGUACAAAAAAACAGAAGACUAGAUGGUUUCUGAACUGAAUGUAAUUCUUUUCUUAUUCCUGGGGCUGUUGCUUAUAUGCAACAAGAGUUUUCUGCUCAAUCAAUUAUUUCGAAUAAGCCAUACCGUGAAGCAAUUUAAUGUUUCUAUAUUCAGUGUAUUGGCUGCCAUAGGACAGCAUGAGUGUAUGUUGGUUAUGUAGGCAUUUCAAUUAUUAGUUAGUUAUAAAGUGAUCUGUGCUGUAGAGGAAGGUUCUGUAGAUUUAGAUUGCUAAAUUAUUAUUGUAUUUUGUUUUGGUUUUAGUAGACUCCGCAUUUACCUUCA